AUGCAUCAUGGGGUGCCACUAGCGAUUGUAAGCGACCGCGGCCCCCAAUUCGUGAGUUCUUUCUGGGAAAGGGUAUGCGAAAGGCUAUCGAUUCAACGCCGAUUAUCCACGGCAUUUCACCCCCAGACCGACGGUGCAACAGAGCGUGCCAAUCAGGAGAUCGAACGAAUUCUACGUUUGUUCACUACGUACUCACAGGAUAACUGGAAGGAUCUACUACCAAUAGUCGCCGUGGCGAUUAAUAAUCGCGAUGCCGCUUCAACUGGAAUCUCGCCAUUCUUCUUCACCCACGGUUACCACGUUGACCCGAUUGGCAUUGACGAAGCAGGGCAGCUAGAAGGCGCCCUGACCCCACCACGAAAGGCAGGCGAAACGUUCGUGAAUCGCCUACGAGAAGCCACCGAUUGGGCCCAGGCCGCUAUCGCUUCCGCACAGGCCCUUCAAGAGGAGCAAGCGAACCGACGUCGACAGGCUGCGCCUGUCUAUAAAAAGGAUGAUUGGGUUUGGCUAAACCUUCGGAACAUACGCACACGACGACCGUCAAAGAAGUUGGAUUGGCUACAUGCUCGAUACCGAGUAGUAGACGUUCCGUCACCGUUUACCGUCCGACUCAAUAUGCCUACUGGCAUACACCCAGUGUUCCAUAUUGAACUAGUUCGUCCGGCAGUAACGGACCCGUUCCUAUCUUAG